UGAACAGCUGUUGAAUGUCCGUAACACGGAAGUUUUGCACACUAAAUUUCCUUUGAUAAUAUAUAUAAUGUAUAUACAAUACAAUAUUAAAUUGAAUUGGUCAAAAGAGUGGUCAUGAUUCAAAACUCAGAAGCGUCCUUUGAGCAUUUGGCUGCAGAUCCGUUUCAAAAAGCAGACGAACGACUGCUUCGUACAGCUCUCUCGUGCGCAGAGUGCAGCACUGACGCUACCCGCAUGGGUGACACGGGUGAAGAUGAUGGGCAUCCGUCAGAACGGAUUCGACAUGAACUGGAAUCACUUUGGAAGAGCAUUGACUUUGGGCACAUCCAAGCCGUGACACACGACACAGAGACGAGGGUCUUCUUCGAAAGCUACCUCUUUGAAGACGCACAUAUCCCUGCCUUGUCUGUAGAUGUGGUCGCAAAGGCUGCUGAUUCUGCAGAAGCAGUUGAUGACAAGACUGUAGUGGUAGACAUGAUGUCAGGCAAUAGCAUUGAAAUUCAGAUCGCUCCGCCCUACCUUGUGAAAUCUGUGAAAGAACGUCUCGAGGCCAAACUGGGCAUUCCUGCCUUUUUGCAGCGAAUCGUCGCUGAGAUCGAGCUGGAGGAUGGAGACAACGUCUCGACACAUUUGGGUCCAGAAGACGGCUCGACCCAUUUGACCAUGAUUCGUAAAGACCCUCCAUGCAUAACGACUGAAGAGUUCCUGAAAACGAUUGUUUUCUGCGUGCAAAAUUGGGAAACCACCCUGCCCGAGUGCUACACGUGGUACAGGUUUGACACUUACAGGGAGAUUCCCACGACGAAGCAAGAGCUUUUUGAAUGGGCAGAGCGCUUUAAAGACAUGAAGCACGAACCGUUCACUGUGGAGACUUGCUUGCAGUCACUAGAUCUUUGGCUGGAAACUGAUGAUUACAAGGGACAUCCGGAAGUAUUUGCUCAGCAUAUCUCUCGCUUGCAGAGCUUUUUGGAAGAACAUUGCUACAGCCCCUCUUGGAUACAAGUUUAUGAUGAGCCCUAUGGUCAUGAUGAUGACCUAGAAAUGGUGAUGUUCCUUGCUGGCCGCUUGCGAGCAGCCCCUGAAACACUGAUGGUUGGUGCGGUUCGCCUGAAUUGCUGGAUUUGAA